AAAUCUAGUUAACUUAGUUUAGUAGUUACUAAUAUGGAAUGAGUGAUGAAUAUAACUGAUCUGUUUAUAGAUGUAUAAAUAUAACUGCAAAUCAUCAUGCAAAGGUGAGUUUCUGAGAGAGGCUGGAGUUCUUUCUGAGAAAAGGUGGAAGAAGAAUAAUUUGGAGGAAGAGCCAUAUUGAGUUUCCAAAGGAUUAGUUAUGGCAACAAAUAUAGUUCCUGAAUUAUUGACCGAGCAUAAUUAUGCUAACUGGAGCGCUUGCAUUAAAAAUUAUUUGUUGGCCAAUGAUCUAUGGGACAUGAUAGAAGUACACAUUGAACCUCCUAGUCGAGAAGAAGCUGAAGCUGAGUUUAAAAUUUGGAGGAAAAAGAAUGCAACUGCUUUACAUGUAAUUCAAAUUUCUUGCACAUCAGAACAACUUUCUCGGAUCAGAAAAAUCAACUCCGCUAAAGUUUGUUGGGAUACUCUGGCAAAAAUGCACAAGAAGAAAAUGUGGUAGAUGAAGGAGGGGAUCAAUACGAAAGUUUUCUACCUCUAUGCAAAGCUAUAGAGAAAGGAGAUUUGAACACUGUUACAGAAUUUCUUGAAGCUCAUCCAGAUGCAAUAAACGAAAAGAUAGCAUUAGGCGGUCGAACAGCUCUUCAUCUUGCAACCAUAAGUGACAAAGUAAACAUUGCAGAGGAGCUAAUUAACUUAAUGUCAAUAGAAGGCCUAGAAAUACUUGAUGACGAUGACACCAGCGCUUUGUGUAUUGCUGCUGGAACUGGAUCUAUGAGGAUCGUGGAUUUGCUAUUAACAAAGAACAAUAAAUUAGUUUCUAUACCAGCAGGUGUAGAUCUACCCGUCAACAUUGCAUGUGAAAAAGGCUUCAGAGAGCUGACCUGGUUUUUAUACUCCAAAACUCCAUUUGAAUUGCUACUUCCGGAGAAUGGUACAUUAGGAGCUGAGCUUCUCCACGUCUCUUUUUUCAGCAAAAUGUUUGACAUUUCACUGGAUCUGAUCCAGCGUUGCCCAAGACUAGCCGUGACAAGAACCAUUCACAAGACUACCCCUUUGAUUGAAUUAUCAAACAUGUCUGAAUUAUUUCCCAGCAGCAAUCGUUUAUCCUUCUGGAAACGACGAAUAUACUCUGGUAUUCAAGUGCAAUUACCUGUUUUUCCUACUGAUGUUCGAAUAACAAUCGAGCAAAAUGACAAAAUGAAUCAGGGCAACACAUUUUACUACGAGGUAUGA